UGGAGAAGAAAACAAAAUAGCAAAACCCCAACAAGGAAGACCCAGUGGUUUUCUGGUACCUCAGCCUCAAAACGAUGUCCGCCGCCGCCAGGUGUUUCCGCUCCGCCGCAUCCCGAGCAGCCGGUGCGGCGAAUAUAGCCGCCGGAGCUAGAGCAAGACCAACACGCUCACUGUUCGGGAUCCCAAAACAAAGCUCAAUCUCUAAUCGCAGCGCUUUCAGGCUGCCGGUGGAGAUGAGUUUCUGCGUGGAAUCGAUGCUUCCUUACCACACUGCAACCGCUUCCGCAUUGCUCACUUCCAUGCUCUCUGUGUCUUGCCACUCCUACGGUUGGACCCCUGAAGAUGGAUGAUUCCAGUUUGUGGUGCGGUGCAUUGCGCGUACUUUCCAUGGAUUUCAUUUUACUUUGUUAGAUCUGCAUAGUGGAUUUUAGAUUUAAAUUGUACAAGCAUCCAGAGCUGGUACCGUGCUUAGGUAUGAUUGUCAUUUUAUUUCAAACAUCAUUAAAAUAUUUCUUUACCUGCUAUUUACAAUUAUUUGUCUCUGUUCUUCCAAAUUGUUUACUUCUCUGGAGGCGUCAACACUUGGGUGAUUUUCAAUGUUAAUAGACAAGCGUACUUUACAUCAACAUUGGUAACUGACUUAUUGUGUGUUUGGAUUUCC